CAUUGCUGGGCACUGACUGGCGGCACUGACUGGCACAACCCCUGGGCACUGACUGGCAGCACUGCUGGGCUGCACUGGUGGGUGGCACUGGUGGGCAGCACUGGUGGGUGGGCACAUGUGGGUGGCACUGCUGGGCACAGGUGGGUGGCACUGCUGGGCACAGGUAGGUGGCACUUCUGGGCACAGGUGGGUGGGCACAGGUGCGUGGCACUGCUGGGCACAGGUAGGUGGCACUUCUGGGCACAGGUGGGCGGAACUUGUGGGUGGCACUGCUGGGCACCGAUCAUCAGGGCACUGAUCAUCAGUGCCCUGAUGAUCGGUGCCUAUCCUCGCUCUGACAACUGCCGGUUCUCGGCAGUACUUUCCUCACGAUCUGACAGCGUGAGGAAAGUGCAGCCGAGAACCGGCACUUGC